AUGGAAGACGCACAACACAUCAUCGAAUUUUUGCAUUUAAUAGACAAACUCAAACACACUCCCCGAACCGGGUGGGUGUAUUGCAAAGUGCCAAAUCCUGAGAGCAUAAGCGACCACAUGUAUCGAAUGGCUGUCAUGGCGAUGAUACUUGCGCCACCAACAAUCGACCGGUCCCAUGCAGUGAUGGUUUCGUUGUGCCACGACAUGGCCGAGGCGAUAGUUGGUGACAUCACACCACACGACCCAGUCACUCCUGAGGACAAACACGAAAGAGAACUGAAAGCAAUAAUGGAGAUGUCUAAACUACUUCCAAAGGAGCGGGGAGAAGAAAUAGUCAAUUGCUGGAAGGAGUUUGAAGAGAAGAAAACGGAUGUGGCUAAGUUUUGUGCUCAACUUGACAAAAUCGAAAUGUGUGUUCAGGCAGGGGAGUACCAAGAUAAAUUCGGGCUUAACCUAUCUCAGUUCUUCACUUCAAUGCCAGAGAAGCCUGUCGAUGGGCUCCAGACUCUUUGCGAUGAGGUUUCUAAAUUUAGUAAUAAAUGA